AUGGCGUCAAAACUCCCGUCCGUCCUCAGCGCGACUGAGGAGGACAUCACUAUGCUCCUGGCUGCCCAAUGCCACAUCGGGACCAAGAACUGCGAUAAGCAGAUGCUGCCCUACGUUUGGAAGCGGAGAGCCGACGGUAUCCACAUUCUCAACAUCGGCAAGACCUGGGAGAAGAUCGUUCUCGCUGCCCGUAUCAUCGCAACGAUUGACAACCCGAACGACGUUUGCGUUAUCUCCGCCCGCCCCUACGGCCACCGUGCCGUCCUCAAGUUCGCCGCCAACACCGGCGCGCAGGCGAUCGCCGGCCGCUUCACCCCCGGUUCUUUCACCAACUACAUCACCCGCUCCUUCAAGGAGCCGCGCCUGAUCAUCGUUACCGACCCGCGCGUUGACCACCAGGCCAUCCGUGAAGCGUCCUACGUCAACAUCCCCGUCAUCGCCUUCGCCGACACCGACGCGCCCCUCAAGUUCGUUGAUGUUGCGAUCCCGACUAACAACAAGGCCCGCCACUCGAUCGGUCUUGUCUGGUGGCUGCUUGCCCGUGAGGUGCUCCGUCUCCGCGGCACCAUUCCCCGCACUACCGAUGGCUGGAACGUCAUGGUCGACAUGUUCUUCUACCGCGACCCGGAGGAAAUCGAGAAGCAGCAGAACGAGGAGGCCGAAGCGAAGGCUCUCGCCGCCGCCGCUGAAGCGGAGCCCGCCGCUGCCGAGUGGGACGUUGCCACCGCUCCCCAAGCCGGUGUUGCUGGUCUCGCCCAGGAGGGUGCCCUCGACUGGGCGGCAGAGCCCACUGUACCGGGUGCGACCGACUGGGCUGCGGAACCCGCUGCCGGCUCUUGGGGCGAUGCUCCCGCUCCUCAAACAACUGGAUGGGAUUAA